CAUAUAGCUUCCGGUCAUAUCGCAUGUAUUUAUUAGAUCUGACAUGGCAACUCACCAUGAUGAUUUCCUGGACACACCAGAAUAUUCAAUAGAUAAUCAACACCAUACUGAUAUCCAUCUGCCAUUACAUUGCCAGCUCCAAAAAAUACUUUUGUUAAUGAACAAAUUUAAGCACAACACAACCAAAAGUGCAAUUGCAAUAGAUGCGUGGGUGACAACAAACAAAACUGCAGAGCUAAGAGAGGAAAGCAUAGAAAUUCAGCGCAUUAUCAGAUCAGAUCUGAAUAAGAUUAUAGAUUUAACCAGCAACUGCAAAGCAGAAGCCUCUAAACUGAUUUCCACAUUGCAUGAAUGCAAAGGUAAAAAUGACAAGUUAACUGAAGAACUUAAGUUAAAAACAGAGCAAUGUGAUGCACUUAAAUUACAAGUAGAUGAGCUCAAUUUUUCAGACUUAGAGAUAAGAAUGGAUGAAACUGAUAAGGAAAAAGAGAAAGCCUGAGAUAAAUGAACAACACGAUUAAAAUGAAUUAAUAUGAUAUUCAUAUAUGACAUUAUGAUUUUCAUAUUGUUAUUGACUCUUCUCUGAUACUUUGACAUUUUAGUGUG